AAUCAUAUUGCCAACCGGAUGAAGAUGACAUUUUCAGCAAUGGGGUACUUCCAAACAAGGAUGUUAGUUUACUGAAUGGGUUUUCUUUGGCAUCCGAAAUCAUGGAUGGCAAUGGACUUCUGGGUUCCUUGGAUAGCAAGCCAUACAGGUUUACUCAUCUCCUCCAAACCGAAGGGGAGAAUCAAAAGGAAGAGAUUGUUAGGGGAGGAACUACGUGGAGGAAAAAGAUUUCCACCAUGCCCUUUUCCAUCUAGUAGCACAAGAGACAAUUCCUAGGGAUUUAAGAAGCCGAUCCUCGUUCAACAUCAUUGAAGGCAUUCUCAGUCCUUGUAACCUGAGAGGCUCUGAAAUGAUUUUGAGAAAAAGGGAAUGUGGUGCGUCUGCUCUAUAUGUCCCAGAAUUGUUUAUGUUCUGGUCCUGUGUUCAUGGGAAUAUGAAGAUCUUAAUAAAGGCAGUACUACUGCAGGCAUGGUGGGAGCUCAGAGAAAGGUGCCAGAACAGAAAGCAAGAGUGUUUCAUAAAUGAAAUAAGUGUCUAAUUUCUGUUCAUUGUCCAAGAUAGAAUGCUUUCAAGUAGAAGACUAUGCGAAUGCCAUUAUUUGGUGUAAGAAGUCCAUCUUCAUAACUUUCACAUGUAUUAAUGGAAAUUGUUUGAGUGUUUAUAAGAAUGAUGAAAUUAUUAGUUUGCAAUCUAUUUCCAAGUUCCAUCUGGCAGUUCUAUACGGUCAAACAAGGAUUGCUGAUAAAUGACAAGGAAAUGG